UGGAUUAUAUAGUCAGAGAAGGGAUCGAACUCCGCAAGUUUACAGAGUUGUAUUUCUGAUUUAUUUUAGAUACCGGACCUUUGCCUGGAGAAGAAUCUCCUCUUCUGAAAAUGAAAUACUGUAGCUUGGUCGUUCUGUUCCUGUGUGGCAUCAGCUACUGCAACGCAAUUCACUGGCUCGGCCUUACAGUAAACGGUAGCUCUGUUGGCUGGAAUCAGACACACCACUGCAAGCUGCUGGACGGACUAGUCCCAGACCAAUUACAACUUUGCAGGAGAAAUCUGGAGAUGAUGCACAGCAUUGUACACGCUGCAAAAGUUACCAAAACGACUUGCCAGAAAACCUUCUCGGAUAUGAGGUGGAACUGCUCCUCAAUUGAAGACGCACCUUUUUUCACCCCAGACCUAGCGAAAGGUACCAGAGAGUCAGCUGUGGUGUUCGCGUUGGCAGCCGCCGCGGUCAGCCACGCCAUCGCCAGGUCUUGCGCCUCAGGUGACCUACCAGGCUGCUCCUGUGGCCCCGCGCCUGCCGAGCAGCCAGGACCCGACUUCCGAUGGGGCGGCUGCGGGGACAAUCUUCGCUACGGCCUACAGAUGGGCGCCGCAUUCGUUGACGCCCCCAUGAAAAACAGUCGGUCAGGAUCCCAGGCCACUAAGCUAAUGAACCUGCACAACAACGCAGUUGGCAGACAGGUUCUGAUAGAUUCCAUGGAGACCAAAUGCAAAUGCCAUGGCGUCUCUGGCUCAUGCUCUGUGAAAACUUGUUGGAAAGGACUGCAGGACAUGCAUGACAUCGCGGCCGAACUCAAAUCCAAAUACCUAGCAGCCACCAAAGUGAUUCAUCGGCACGUUGGGACUAGAAAGCAGUUGGUUCCGAAAGAGAUGGACGUGCGACCCGUGCGAGAGACUGAGCUGGUGUACCUGGUUAGCUCCCCUGACUACUGCGCACGCAAUGAGAAGCAGGGCUCCUAUGGAACACAAGAUAGACAGUGCAAUAAAACCUCCAACGGCAGUGACAGCUGUAAUCUCAUGUGCUGUGGCCGUGGAUAUAACGCCUAUACAGAGAAGGUGGCCGAGAGAUGCCAGUGCAAAUAUCACUGGUGCUGUUAUGUCACAUGUAAAAAAUGUGAAAGAACAGUGGAGAGAUAUGUGUGCAAAUAAAGACGAGAUCUGCGCAAUCCAGGGGCAACAGGAAAGCACUAUAUGGCAGGACCAAUGAGGUUUUGUUUUUUCUUGCUCCAAAGAGAGAAGGCUGUGUCAGCGGUAUGCACUCCCGGGGCAUUCCUUGAACAUUGCUGAGACUGGACAGUGGCUGCUGAUCAAACAUUAAGUCAAUAACAUGGAGCAAAGUGAUUGGCAAAGGGCAGACCCUGCAGUGCGGCCUAUUUGUACUUACUGGGAGCUCAAUUACUGUCUAAUACAGCUGACAAAUGUUCAGUGGCCAUUCGGCUUAGACAAGUCUGUGUGUCCACACAGGCAAGAUGAGGCCCGGCUUUGUCUCGAGAAAAGAAGGCACUGAUUCAGGUCAGAGACUGCAGAUGAUGGAUUGAUAGCAGUAAAAACUUCUCCUUUGAAUGAAUAAAAAGGACUGAAUGGAAACAAUGAUCUGAAUUACAAAAGGUCUCUCCCUGCCCCCAAGAUGCUAAAAACUCAGCCAGUUGUGUGGUUUUUACACCAGAAUGAAGACCUUUUUAGGCACUAGUAACCCAAUUGUUAUCCAUUAACAGAACCUUAAAUAAAAUUAAACUUUGCUACCGUGGGUCUGUGAUAUUGGAAACAGAGGACAUAUGCUACUGGAAAUUGUUCCACUCAGCUACUGGAAAUUAUUCAACUGACUCCAUGUGUGAUCACCAAGGAACACUGGAUGUCCUGCCUAUCACACACCAAGAGAAAACUGUGAUACUAGUGCAAUAAAAUAAGUGAAAAGUGGACAAAAACGAACUUAAUAUCAAUGACAAAUAAUUUAUAUUAUAUUUUAUUACCUUUUAGUGGAAUUAGAAAGACCAAAAGUCUUGUUUAUCUUGUAUAGCUAUAU